AUGACAUCCCAAGAACUUCAGUUGUUAGCUCUCCCAAUCAGAUAUUCGAGUUGGACCGUACGGCCAGUGGUCCUUUUGGAGUACUUCGGUAUCCCAUACUCCGCUAAAUUCUUCCGACUCGCAGAUGCGGAGUCAUUGGCUUCGCUCCAUGCCGAAUCACCCUCAGGCCUCGUUCCGGUCAUCAUCGACAAACAACUUCCACACCCCGUCCAUGACUCGCUAGCAAUUGGGGAAUACCUCCACGAUAAAUACCCCGAAAAGGGAUUGUGGCCCAAGGAACUCAAAUUGCGAACAUAUGGUCGUAGUAUCGUCGCUGAGCUUCAUUCCGGGUUUACUAAUAUUCGAACCGACUUUCCACAUAACUUCGCUGUCAAGUAUAAUCCCCCCCCUCAAUUCAGCGACAAGUUACUUGGGGAGGUGAAGCGUGUUCUUUCUAUCUUUGAUACGGCCCGCAAUCUAGCGAGGGAAACCCUUGGCGAUCGAGAUGAAGGAUUCUUAUUAGGGUCCUUUAGUAUCGCGGAUGCUUUCUAUUGGCCUGUUCUCUCGAGGUUCUUCACGUAUUCUGUUAACUUAUCCUGCUCAACGACAGAAGCAAGCGAAUACAUCGCGAAGAUGUGGAAAGAACCCACCUUGAAGAGAAUUGGUGAAAUGCAGCUCAGAGAAGUUAAGGAACACCCUGAAUACAACGUUCCUUUCUAUGAUAACUAUGUUCCCGGUAGCCAGAUGGAAUUUUGGGAUAUCGAAAAAAUCAUGGGAUAA